AUGGGCUCUACAAUAUCCACAGCAAAGGCAGGCUCGCUGCUCCUCUCUCGCGCGCGCACUUCCACUCUAAUCGUCCCGGCGAUAAUAGCCCUGAUAGUCUUCCUCCUCGCGACCUACAUCCUCUUGCCCCUGUGGCAGCGUACUCGCAAUAGCCGAUACGGGGCGUACCUUCCGCUCGAGACCAUCUCCAACGGGACCCAAACUGUCCGGGCCAGGAUACAAAACCAGAUCGCACGGUGGCUUGUACCAUCCACCUGGCGGGAGAGGCUACAAGACCGGCUGGUCGUCGCUGGUAGUCCGGGGUCUGACAAUGGGUAUGACUCUGACGAGGGCGAGGAGCUGGAUGAGGUGCCGGAGGAUGAGGACGUGAGGAACCGCUUGGAGCGGGAAGCCAGGAGGAGCAGGACCAGUGGUCGGCCGGACCUGGAGCGGAGAUUAAGUCGAGACUUGGAGGAGGGCUUCCGGGAUGAUAGUGACGAGGAGGCCGAGCAUGCGACAAGGGCGCGGUAA